UUGGACAAACUACAACCGGACAAACUUCGCCCAGAGUGUAAUUCUCUUUACGUUCCCGCGUGACAGCUCGCCAGUGUCAAAUUUAGUUUCAUCGAUGCUCUGCUAAGACUUUUGUCUCGUCAUCUGAUGACCUUCGCGUCAAGCAACUACAAAUCUUGAUUUGGAUUUCGUUUUACCUUCCGAACGAUUACAAUGUAGAUGCCUGUCGGAUAUAAUAUAACGAUAUCACUCUUCGACAUUCACCGGUUCAUCUCGCAAGAGUGUAAAAGAAUUGAAUAUUGUGAAGGUAUUUUGAGAUAAUUGGAAUAUUGGAUUCUGCACACUAUACAGAGAAUUAAAAAAACAACAUUGCAAUAGCUAGGUUGAAACACUAUUAUGUGGAUACAUCUCCAGGUGGAGAUACCAUAUAUUCUUGCAGAAUCAGACUAUCAAUCUGUUAAAAUGGCUCUUCGUGAUUAUAGGAUCAGAAAACACUCCAUACAAAGAUGGAUAUCAAGGAAAAAUCAUAUUUGCAGAUGAGUUUUCAUUUAAAUCAUCUGGCAUUUAUAUGUUACCACCAAAUGGUUGAUUGAAUGUCAAUAAAAAAUGGUGUUUUUCUGAUCAUCAUUCUGGAAUCCACUGAAAUCCAUGAAAUGGAUGUGUGGAGUAUACUACUAUCCUUAUGAGCUUGCUUAGUUUUAUGAAUGAAGAGACUGGGAAGAUGUUAUAUUAAACAAAACAUGAUAAGAGACAUCUAGCUAUGCAAAGUUUAGAAUACAGUCAAGGACAUAAUGUUUCAUUGGUUCUUUCCUAAAACUGUUAAGAAAAUCAAAACUGAAAUGUUGGAAAAGGAAGAAGCAGAGAACUAAAAUGAAUGAGUUUUUCAUUUUGCCAGAUGCCAAUUCUCAUUCUGUUCUGUCCUUUCCUAAAAUUACAAACUAGUAUUUGUAUUGUCAUUCAAGUUGUGGACAUAAAAAGUUAUUGCCAUUAUCAGUUUUUCCCGCCAGUGGUGGUAACACUGCGCGCAAGCGGACGAAUUCAUUGGAUUCCGGUGAACUUCGUCAUAUGUUUUCCGUUGUCGCGCGACAACUCGCAGCUGUCAAAUUCCGUGCACCAGCGAACGAUCGCACGAUCCCACCCGGAAACAUAUCUCUCGUCCAGCAUCUUCCGUUCCAAGUGGCUUCAAGAACGGUAGCUUAGAUUCAUCGUCAUCUUGUUGCACGUCAUCUUGCACAACGUAACCUGUCAUACGCGACGUCUACGUCUACGUGAACAUCUUCAGGAGUCUUGGCGACGUCGACUCCGCGAAGAAAUUCCAUCUUCAUGGUAAGCUGGUUCUACAUGAAAUUUGCGAUGCGCAAACAUUUCGUGAUUCAACGGUGCUGAGACAGCGACGAAGGGGUGUCAGAUAUAUAUCGUUGGAUAUUAAGCGAGAAUUAAGUGUGAGAAAUCGCGUGAAGAUUUUCGAUAAGCUGGGCGACCAAUAUACCGCGACGAGUGUAAGAAACUGGGAGUCCAUUCGGAGAUAACAGUGGGCUGUAUGGUAAGGAUGAAUAGGAAAACCAAUAGUGCAACGGCCAGAUUGAAACAGGAUUACUUGCGACUCAAAAAGGAUCCAGUACCGUAUGUCCUUGCGGAACCAGUGCCUUCGAAUAUAUUAGAAUGGCACUACGUGGUUGUAGGACCAGAAAAGACUCCAUACGAAGGCGGUUUCUAUCAUGGGAAGCUCAUAUUUCCAGGAGAGUUUCCGUUCCAACCGCCUAGCAUUUAUAUGACUACUCCAAAUGGUCGAUUUAAGGUCAACACAAGAUUAUGUCUAUCCAUUUCCGAUUUCCAUCCUGAUACAUGGAAUCCAGCGUGGAGUGUAUCUACUAUCCUUACAGGCUUGCUUAGUUUUAUGAUUGAGAAAAGUCCGACGCUUGGUAGCAUUAAUACAACAGAUUAUGAGAAGAGACAGUUAGCUGCACAGAGUUUAGAAUACAAUUUGAGGGACAAGAUGUUCUGCGAGCUCUUUCCAGAAACUGUUGAGACGAUCAAAACCGAGCUUGAACGUCGAAAAGAACUCGAGAAGCAAGCGAGGCAUCAAUCCACCGCAUCUGAGGUUUCUUCCUUGAUACGAGAUCAGUUGCAGAGAGAGCAGAGCCCAUUGCAUAGCGCAUUGGCCAAUCUCGUUGUUAUCAUCGGCUUCGCGGCAUUCGCGUACACAGUGAAAUAUGUACUGAGGAGUAUAGCUAUGGAAUAAAUCAGAAUCUAAAUUUCAAGUCACAACGAGCACGAAAUGGGAGAGCCAUGACGAUCGUAUGCAUACAUUUUGAAACGAUGAGAAGCAUAAGAGGAAAAAUGUAGUAAGCUCCCAAAAUAUUUGCCUGUUAAUAAUCUCUCUUUCGAAUAUGUGCGGUAUUCGGUUUCGCACAUUUCGAAAAACUUUUGCCAGUGGAACCUUCGAAUAGUUUCAUAGAUUUUUUAUAUCAAAGUUGAAUGUAAGAUAUAAGCUGUAUUAUAUCCGUGAAUUCUAUUCAGCUAUUCAUCAAUGAGGAAGAGUCAUCGGAACCUCUCUUAAUUCAAUUGAGAUGUAUAAAAGAUGAAACAAUUUAAUCGUAGUGGCUUCCUGCCUUUUUAUAUCAGAUUUGCACUCUAGUAUAAUAUGUAAUUAGAGGAACUCAGUUUCUUCGCUUAUGGUGCUGCAAUAUUCUUUAAUUUAAUUUUCUACACUUUUAAUUAGAGUCAAAAUAUAUCCAGAGAGAGAGAGAGAGAGAGAGA